GAGGGAAGUUAUUUUUUUCUCAAAUUGAGAAAAAUGAGUUGUUGUGAAAAAUAUUUUCCAAACAUUUUAUUACAAUGGAAAAUAAUUUUCAAAAAACAUUUUCCUAUCAUACCAAACACACCCUAAGUAUCAGCAAAUGGUGGCAUGCAGGUACAUACAAUACAAUGAAAUCAGCUGUUAGCUGUCCCUACUAUUCGUUACUAUAACUUCUCUCCAAUUUCCCCGAAUCCUUCGCUCCUCCGUUCCUCUCUUUCCAUACUUUUUUUUUCUUCUCUCUGCUCUUUCUCUUCUCUGCCGGAAUGGAUGUCCGUCGGAGACCUCCCAAGCAGCCUUCUCACUACCAUCAGACAUCUACCUCCGACCCCAACCUCCAUCCCCCUAAAGCUUCCGAUGCUCUCCCUCUUCCUUUAUAUCUAACUAACGGCAUUUUCUUUACCCUUUUCUUCUCUGUUGCUUAUUACCUUCUUCAUCGUUGGCGUGACAAGAUCCGUAGCUCUACUCCUCUACACGUUGUUACGCUCUCUGAACUUGCCGCCAUUCUUUCUCUCAUUGCUUCUUUCAUUUAUCUUCUUGGUUUCUUUGGGAUUGAUUUUGUUCAGUCGUUUAUUUCACGUGCGUCUCACGACGCUUGGGAUAUGGAGGACGAAGUGGAAAGCCGUUUUAUUAUUGAGGAGGAUCGUCGAUCUCCUGCUGCCAUUGGUUCAUCCAUUUCUGCUCCUGUUUCCAGGUUUAUGGAUCCUCCUGCGCCUCUUCCCUCUCAAGAAGAAGAAGACCUUGUGAAAUCCGUUGUUUCCGGUGAGAUUCCUUCUUAUUCGCUUGAAUCUCGGCUUGGGGAUUGUUACCGAGCUGCUUCGAUUCGGCGUGAGGCGGUUCAGAGGUUAACUGGGAGGUCUCUAGAUGGUUUGCCUCUUGAUGGAUUUGAUUACCAGUCGAUUUUAGGGCAGUGCUGCGAAAUGCCUAUUGGGUACGUGCAAAUCCCAGUGGGCAUUGCAGGGCCCUUGCUGCUUAACGGGUGUGAAUAUUCUGUCCCCAUGGCAACUACGGAGGGCUGUUUGGUUGCCAGUACGAAUAGAGGUUGCAAAGCUAUCUAUGCCUCCGGGGGAGCUACUAGCAUUCUUUACAAGGACGGGAUGAGCAGGGCCCCCGUUGUGAAGUUCGAGACGGCUACAAGGGCGUCGCAAUUACUCUUCUACUUGGAGGAACCUGCUAAUUUUGAUGCCUUAGCUAUGGUUUUCAACAAAUCAAGCAGAUUUGCCAGGCUCCAGAAGAUUCAGCCCACUCCUGCAGGGAGAAACCUUUACAUCAGGUUCACCUGUGAAACGGGGGAUGCCAUGGGAAUGAACAUGGUAUCGAAGGGUGUUCAGAACGUUCUCGAGUAUCUGCAGGUUGAGUUCCCUGACAUGGAAGUAGUUGGUAUAUCAGGGAAUUUCUGUUGUGAUAAGAAGCCUGCGGCUGUGAACUGGCUAAAUGGGCGUGGAAAGUCAGUUAUAUGUGAAGCAACGAUUACUGGUGAAGUAAUCGAGAAAGUAUUGAAGACUUCCAUACCCGCCCUUGUAGAGCUGAACACCAUCAAGAACCUUACCGGCUCUGCUAUUGCCGGAGCUCUUGGUGGUUUUAAUGCCCAUGCCGCGAACAUAGUCUCCGCCAUUUUCAUAGCCACUGGGCAGGACCCGGCGCAAAAUAUAGAGAGUUCGCACUGCAUUACGAUGAUGGAGGCUACCAAUGAUGGGAAGGAUCUGCAUGUGUCCGUCACCAUGCCGUGCAUUGAGGUUGGUACCGUUGGCGGUGGAACCCAACUUGCGUCUCAAUCUGCCUGCCUGAAUCUGCUUGGCGUUAAGGGUGCAUGCAGAGAAUCCCCUGCAUCAAACGCAAGGCUCCUGGCAGCCAUAGUAGCCGGUUCUGUUUUGGCUGGGGAGCUGUCACUGAUGUCUGCCAUCGCAUCUGGCCAGCUUGUUAAAAGCCACAUGAAAUAUAACAGAUCCAGCAGGGAUAUGAGCACGGUUACCUCCUAAAGUCUUGAAAUUAUUAGCUAGUUCCUUGCAAAUCAACUCGAGAGAUAUGCGAGCGACUAGAAGUUAGAGUUGAAACCAAGGCGGGGCUGGAGCAAGCAGUGCACAUCUGCUGUUGCGGUCUGCAUUAGCUGCCAACUUUUUGCAAGCCAUGUGAGUUCAGAGUAGACAAAACUCACAUGGUCGACUUUACUUCAAUGUCCCCGCUGAAGCAUUAGACAAGUUGCAUUUUGUUACCCAAUCUUGCUUGUCCCCCCUUUGAUCUGUAUUUAUUCUAAAUUUUCAGCAUUGGUGUAUUGUUGUUUGUCGGAUGUUCUCAAGUUUUGGUAUUUAUUAUUAUUUCAUUGUACAAUUUGGUUAUGUGUAAGUACUAAGUGAAGGAAUUUGUCAAUUUCGUUCAAUACAUUAGGCUUACUAUCCCAAA